AUGCCCAAACUACCUACCGCACGCUCUGCCGACGGCGAUACUAUCGAUGUCAAGCCCUACCCGCCCACCUCCCCUAAAAAAUCGGGAGCGAAGCAACCCAAGAAACAAGCUUCGCCUUCCGAAGAUGUUGUCAACGAUGUCAAGCCAUCGGGCCUCGCCUCUCCUAAGAAAGCUGCAGGGAAACAGACCGCGAAGAAGUGGUCCAAGGAGGAUAAGAUCGACAUCUUGUUAAAAGUCGUGCAGACCGCGAGUCCCGAUUGGCAGGCAACACAUCCUCCCGUCGCUGAAAUCGGAAGGAAGGGUGAUGAAGUCGGAGUGAGAGGGCGACGCAGUAUUAUUAAGGCUGUAGAGGCUUCCGAAGCGAUUGUCGGCUCGUAA